AUGUUCCGAGACAUACGUUGGCUGAGCAGUCGUCGACAACAAUUUAUUGCUCUUUCUACAGAACAGAUGGCAUUUUAUGAAGAUGUUGGUGAGGUUCGACCAAAGUUACUUCAGUGUUUACCGUUCAACCAGACCAACGAGCUGGAACAUCUACAAUGUUUCGACCUGAGCCCUUUGUCUGAUGAGGCCUUAGCAUUGGGCUAUGCAAAUGGCAAAGUAGUAAUAACUAAGGUAGCUGCUGAACCAGAUAUUAAUAAUCUAAACGAUACUGUGGAAUUAGUGUCUGAUGUGGUGAAGUCAGUUGCCUUCUUAAACUUCAGUCCAAUAACAGAUACUUACUUGGCUGCAUGCUUAGAAGGUGGACGUUCCCAAGAUUAUACUGUCUGCGUGUGCGACAUCAGCAUUCCGAAACUGCAUGUUUUUUGUGUUAACUGUAAUGAACGCGUGAUGGAUUUGACUUGGCUCAGGAAUGAUCCAAGUAUGCUGUGUUUGGGAUGUUCACGCUCAAUGAAAUUUUUUGAUAUACGAGAAGGUGCGCGACCAAUUUAUUCCAUACCUGUUUCAAAUCAAGUGCGAAGCGUAACUGCUGGUGAUGUACAUUUUUGCAUUGCUUGCAUCAUUGAAGAUUUUGCUUGUAUAUACGACCGAAGGCAUUUGAAAUCUCCCUUGUAUAGGAAGCAAAUUUCCUAUUUUAAGAAGAAUGACGCUGGUGCUGUAAAAAUAUUGUGGAAUCCCCAUUCCCCAACUUGUUUGUCGUGCUUCCGCCGAAAUUCUAGGGUUGUCACAGAACUGAUAUCACCAUAUGAAAGCAUUCUAGAAGAACAUAGCAUAACAGAAAUUCCAAACUUUCCAAUGUCGGAUGCAAUUGAUUUGGUACAAGGUGGAUUUCGUGGCACUCGAUAUUCGGAGGACAUAUGCUCUAUGAAGUUAUCACAUCCUUACUUAGAAUUGAGUUAUAAGUUCUUCGGCAUUUCGAGAGUUUCUGGAUUUAGCUGGCAUCCUGAAAAUUGUGAUCGUUUAUUGGUGGUGGCACCAGAUGGAGGACGUGGCGCGUUUGAAGUCAGACUUGCUACGGUUAACAAGUUUGUGACAGGCGAUUAUUCAUCACAGGGCUUUGUUGCCCAUGCAAGUGGUUGUCAGCUUUAUGUGCGCAAUGCAGAUCCAGUAAUUGAUGAAUCAGCAGAUAUAUCGUUUGUGAUGAAGAGUCGUGCUGCCAGAAAUUUUGGCUCUCCUUCAAGCACUACCUUAGAAGCAUAUACACGAUCUUGUAAAGAGAUCAUCGAUUCUUGUCCAUAUUCAACAUCUGAAGUGAAAUGGCUAUGGAAAUGGAUACGCCACAUGAUUAAUAUCGUGGAUUGGAAACCAUGUAUCUAUGGGACAUUGUUUCCUGGUGUUAUGGAUAUAAUGCAGUACAGUUUAGAUCCGGACAAAGAUGAACUUACUACGGAACAAGUGUUUAUUUUUGAUUCAUUCCUCGGACACAUCGUAUUGUACAGAGGGAAAGAAAGAGAUCGGGUGCUUCGUAUAUGUGGUUGGCCUGCUCUUGGAGACACCAUACAACUCGAUGCAUUUAUUGAUGAAAACGUAAUAGAAAGGAGAACGCAAAGUCGGGCAGUAGCUGCAGCGCUCGUUACAGCUAAUUCACCCAGGAUGGAAAAAACUCUGAAUUUGAUGUUGGAGAAGGCUAGAGAGUCAAAUGACGAAGGUCUGCUGGAGUUGGAAGCUUUUCAAGAAGCUUUGCAGAAUUACCAAGAGUUGCGAGAACAAUGGGAAUCGUUUUCCGAAAGUCUCAGAAGCACUAUCAAGGAUCCGUAUUUCAAUAUGAUUUUAACAUUUCUAGAUAGCCGUCGUGAUAAUUCUUCUGACCUCCACUGCAUUAUCUGUCAGCAAGACAUUCCGUUAGAAGACAGGAUUGCUUUCGCUGCCAUUCACUUUAGCGACCAAUGUUUUAUGAAGUCGAUGAGGGAGUUAUUCACAGAUGCGUGUUUAUACCGGUCACUUUUUGGCUUGCUCAUCAUUGGUAUUUCGUAUGAAAGGGCUACUCAUGACUUGUUAUCUCAAUACGUGGAUUACACGGGAGACAUACAAACAGCUACAGUUCUAUUGGUAGUGGGCCGUUGUUUUGUGAAAGAACAAUCCUGGCCUGUAGCUUAUUCGGCCGAAGGGAUUGCUAGCAGUGAUUUCGAGUUACUGGCUGUUGAGAAUAAUGAAACAUUCACUGAAUUAGAUGAACAUAUGAGACGCAGUUGUACCAUUGUGUGUGAUUAUCUGGACAUGCUAAACACAUGGGAUUUGUGGGUGCAGAGGGCUCGUCUUGAUUGUAUACUUGGAUGGAGACGAGAUACCGUCCCACCAGAAUCAAGAAUGAAUCGGAAUACUGUGCAGGCUGAAAUUUGUUGUCAGUUUUGUCUCCAGAAUAUUGCAUUAGAUAAGUCGGAUAUCUUAGCAAGUUCCGUAUCUUCUGCAGUACUCGUACCUGCAACCCGAUCAAACAUUUCGACAACACCAUCAACUGCUCCGUCAAUUCCAGCUCGAGAAAUGGCAUGUCCCCGUUGUUUGAAGCCACUUCCUAAAUGCAUACUGUGUCGUAGACACAUGGGUUCAUAUGUGCAGACAGAAUGUCAUGAACUUGGCCUCUUAUCUUCUUGGUUCACUUGGUGUCAGAAAUGCCGUCACGGAGGUCACAUGGCACAUUUGUGGCACUGGUUCAACGGUCAUGUAGAGUGCGCGGCAAGUGGUUGCUUAUGUAACUGCAAAAUGGAAGACAUCGAUGUCGUCGGAUUAAAUGUUGAACCACCGCAGCCUUGUUUAUUUUGUGAAGAUUCGUGCUAA